GCAAUUUUUAUAUUUAUUUCUGUGGCCACAGAAACAACACAAAACUAAUCAGAAUCCCCACAACGACGACGAUGGCUUCUCUCGCGACUUCCAUCGCCGGAACUGGAACCUCCAAGCUUCUCGUUUCAUCUUCUUCAAACAGAAAAGGGUUUCCUGUAAUCACCAAUCAAAACUCGAGAGUCUUCUUCCUUUCCUCUAGACCGAUCUCUAAAGCUGGGACCUUUCCCCGAUCAGCGAUACACGCUUCGAGCCAAGAGGAAGCCAAGUCUUCACCUUUCGCGUCCGUGGAAGCACCACCGGGUCUAUACUCAGCUCAGACUUUCGAUUUGACUCCUCAAAAUGUCGACUUAGUCCUCGAAGAUGUCAGGCCGUUCCUCAUCUCUGAUGGUGGGAACGUCGACGUUGUCUCCGUUGAAGACGGUGUUGUUUCUCUCAAACUCCAAGGAGCAUGUACUAGCUGCCCGAGUUCUUCAACAACCAUGACGAUGGGAAUCGAAAGGGUACUCAAAGAGAAGUUUGGAGAUGCUUUGAAAGAUAUUCGACAAGUUUUUGAUGAAGAGGUUAAGCAUAUAACCGUAGAGGCAGUGAAUGCUCAUCUUGAUAUACUGAGACCAGCGAUCAAGAACUACGGAGGAAGUGUGGAAGUUUUAUCAGUUGAAGGUGAAGACUGUGUUGUGAAGUACGUUGGACCAGAAUCUAUUGGAAUGGGAAUUAAAGCAGCGAUUAAAGAAAAGUUCAAGGACAUUUCUAAUGUAACCUUUACAAGCUAGAAACUAUAUAUACUUUGUAAAAUAAAUACAGCUGCUCUUUGUUUGAGGUGAUUUCAUUUUGUAAUGUUCACAUCAGUAGUAGUCCACAUAACUGUCCUUGAGCCAUCUUGCAAGGUUGAUCAAGAACGGUGUGUAGACAAAGUAGCUUGUUGUUGACCAGGAAACACUUUUUAUAUUGUUUUUGUUUGAGGAAGAUGCAUGUAUCAACACUCUUUUACCUGGCCAAAGAUCUCUGUGUUUGCUUCUGUAUAGUAGCACAGAUGUAAGAAACUGUUAAGUCAUGUUAUGUCAAUCUUUA